CACAGUCACGUGGUAUAUUAACAGUAGGUUUGUUAAAGAAUUCCCUGCCGUACAGAUAACAGAUGACAUCAAAACAAUGACAUUACUAAAUGAAGAUGACACUGGUCUAACAAGUGUUGGUUUCCAGAUCAGAUGUGGCUAUUCAGUAAGUUACGAACGGGAUUCAGAACGGAGCCCAAGCACAGAGAGUGCAGAUAGAUUCAUCGGCAUUGAGAUAUUGACACCAGUUCUCGAUGUGCAACAAAAUACGAAUGCGACUAUAGUUGUAAGGCCAACAGUGGAAAUUGGUUGUGGUAUAUCUUGUAAUCUCAAGGUCAACUUAAUAAAGCCCCAGGAAAAUGAUGCCUGUCUGCCCGACCCAUUUGUAUCCAAAUGUAACAUUACUUUAGAUGGCAAAAACUCAACAAGAAAUUAUUCUAUGGUUGUCAAGACCAAUUUUCCUGCUGCCUAUGGAGAAAAGUUUGCUGUACAGAUUUUGAGGUUUAAAACACCCAACUUUUUUUUCGCACAUAGACUCUGGGAAAAUUAUGAAUUUGGGGAUGUUAGAGUUAGAAUCACAACUAAUACAGCAGCAAUAAAGGGUAAAAAGUGUUAUGCUGUACCUGAUCCGCACAUGUCUACGUUUAACGGCAUACAAUAUGAACAUCCAUAUACAGGGAUUUACACCAUGUAUCAAAAUACAGAAUGGAAACAAGAGUUACAGAUACAAACCGAACCAUGUUGGCCCGGCGCUCCGGUGACAUGUGUUUGUGGUGUUGCGGUAUGUAUUGGUAAAGAAGUUUAUGUUAUGGAGCACUGUUCAGCCGACUACUGGAAAAUAGGAUAUACCCAAUGUGAUAAAACAGCUGGUGUGUCUUUACUAGAAGUUAAAAGCGUUGGUUCAAGUAAAUUCAAGAUUCGGCUUCCAAGUUCGACAACUAUCUCUAUCGCUAGAUAUGGCGGACAGAUGAUGGUGCAUGUAUUUCCUUCUGUUGCCGAUGAGGGUUACGCUGAGGGCUUGUGUGGUAAUUUAAACGACAACGUUUUUCGAACCAGAAAUCGUGCCACGGUGCCAUAUGACAGAUGGGGGAUGCCGACAUUUUCUAACUCCUGGAGCGUAGAGCAUGCUGGGAUUAACAAUCUGUUCUCAAAUGACGUCACCGAUCUGGACCCUGUUAAUACUGGUCUCUUCAUUUGUGAUUGUGAAAAUAAUGUUUGUAUAAAUAACAAGAGGUGUGGCCCAUUAGAUGUAGAAAGAUUCACAUCAACUAGUACAUGUACUGUAAAUCAUUUUCUGAAAAAAAGAAGUACAGUUAAUAAUCGCAGGAGGAGAUGGUCUUUGGUACCAGAGACGAGUGUCAUUAGCGGCAGUCACACUAUUAUCAAACGACAGGCUGAAACAACAUGGAUAAACGGAUGGACAGAGAGUUCUGCAACGGAUUAUUGCAAUAGUGUAUUUUUAAAUUCCUCGAUAGUUCAAAUUUGUAAAGAUAUCCCUAAUGUAAAUGUACAGGGUGCCUUGGACAACUGUAUUUUAGAUAUUGAGUUAGCGGGUGACACAAGUUUUUCACCGGUUGCCGUGGAAACCAUAACAGCCUCAUGUUUUCAUGAAGUAAGUUAUGAUACCAGAUAUCAACAAUCAACAACAGACCAACCAUCCAUCUUUGAUCAGAUAAAACUAGUAGCCUGUCCCUUAGAAUGUUCUCGACAUGGUACCUGUAAUCAAGGUAUUUGUACCUGUGAUGACGGGUUUGGAAGCCUGGAUUGUUCAAUAUCGCUCAACACCCCUCCUUUCUUAGAUCACGUCACCAAUGAUGGAUACUGUGAUUCUUUAAACAGCAACUGUUCAGAGAUUUCAGCAUUUGGUGGAGACUUUGUUGACACUGAUUCAAUUCGCUGUAAAACACGAACAUAUCAGCUGACUGAACAAGGUUCACCAAUAUUCAAAGAACAACGAAUUGCUUCACCAGUCUUCGAGAGUGUUGGAGAAGUGAUCUGUCCUUUGCUGAAACCUGACUCGACGUCAUCUAUAAAACCAGAAGUUGAGUAUGGAAUAGUAUAUGGCGUAUCAGUGAGUAAUAGUGGUGACAUCUUUAGUAACGAGAGUCUGGUAGUGGUGUAUAACUCUAGAUGUCAACAAUGUAACAUAGUUGGAACUCAAAUACAGUGUUCAUAUAAGGGUGAUUUUUGUAUGUCUGAGGGAGAAUGUUAUGAAAAUGAUGAAAGACACCCCGCGUAUACCUGUUAUAGCUGUUCAAUAAAUGGUGAUUCCAGAUCGUGGAAAUAUAACCAAGGUGCUGACUGUCCAGACGUAUCGACAACAGAAUCAACUAGUCUUGGAUCGACAACAGAAUCAACUGGCCUUGGAUCGACAACAGAAUCAACUAGUGUUGGAUCGACAACAGAAUCAACUGGUCUUGGAUCGACAACAGAAUCAACCGGUUUUGGAUCGACAACAGAAUCAACUGGUCUUGGUGAUAAUUUAUGGAUAAUCGUUGGUGUAUCGGCAGCUGUUGCUAUGCUGUCGGUGGUCGCAAUAAUCGGAUAUAUUGAAUACAAAAAACGACAUCCUCCCAAGUGAACACCGGAACCACCCAAGCUGUAUAUAAAUUACUGAGGUCAAAUUAAUCAUGCUGGCUUCAUAAUACAAGUAUAUGGUUUAUUCAUGAAAACUCACGUACAACUCCUGGAAAGAAAGAAAAACUAAUUAAAUAUAAGCAACUUAUUAUACUUAAUAAUGGCCCAUUUUUUGUUCACAUUACUACCAGUGUUUUUUUUAUUAUAUCAUAAUAAAAUGUUUACC